CAACAUGGCGGUCAGCAUCCGCGGCCGUCCGACCCGGAGUGUACGGAUGAGAGGUCGGAAUGACAGCGGGGAGGAGAAUGUGCCGCUGGAUUUAACGCGAGAACCUUCAGAUAACAUGCGAGAGAUCCUUCAGAACAUAGCCAAACCGCACGGGGUUUCCAACAUGAGGAAGCUCGGCCAUCUGAACAACUUUGUUAAGCUCCUGAACAGUGUUGGUCACUGUGAAGAGAAAUUAGGAUUUACAUUUGAGGAAAUCAUCAUUUGUCUGCGUGUUGCGUUGCUGAAUGAGGUUAAGGAGGUUCGGGCUGCAGGUUUGAGAGUACUACGGUAUCUGAUCCGAGACUGCAGCAUCCUCCAGAAAGUUCUUCAACUUCAGGUGGAUUACCUGGUCUCCAGGUGUAUUGACAUUCAGCAGAGUAAUGAGGUGGAGAGAACUCAAGCACUCAGACUGGUCAGGAAGAUGAUAACAGUGAAUGCACAGCUCUUUCCCAGCUCCCUGACGAACUCUCUGAUCGCAGUGGGCAACGACGGGCUCCAGGAGAGAGAUCGUAUGGUGCGAUCAUGUAUUGCCAUCAUAUGCGAACUUGCGUUGAGGAACCCAGAGGUGGUGGCUGAGCGGGGGGGACUGAGCACCAUCCUGAAGAAUGUCAUCGACUGUCAGCUGAGCCGCAUCAACGAGGCCCUGGUCACUACCAUACUGCACCUGCUCAAUCACCCCCAUACACGCCAGUAUAUACGCGCUGAUGUCGAACUAGAGCAAAUCCUUGCACCUUACACAGACUUUCACUACAGACACAACCCUGAAACAGCAGAGGCACAAAUCAAAGAGGACAGAGAAGCUCGUUUUUUAUCCAGUAAAAUGGCCAUUGUGGCAGCGUUUCGCUCUUGGUCAGGUAUCAUAAACCUUUGUAAAGCUGGCAACUCAGGGGUUCAGUCUCUGAUUGGUCUGCUCUGUAUACCAAACAUGGAAGUCAGGAAAGCUUUAUUAGAAGUAAUGUAUGAGAUCUUCAGAUUGCCUGUUCCCUUAGUGACGGGAGAUUUUGAGGAAGCCCUGCACAGUGUUGACCCCAGCAGAUUCCAGGACAGCUGGAGGUUAUCUGAUGGGUUUGUAGCUGCAGAGGCCAAAGUCAUAUUGCCUCAUAGAGCACGAUCCAGACCAGACCUCAUGGACAAUUACCUGGCACUGCUACUGUCUGCUUUUAUCAACAGUGGACUACUGGAGGGUCUAGUAGAGGUGGUGACCAGCAGUGAUGAAAAGAUAGCAGUCAGAGCCACAAUACUGCUGGGAGAACUUCUGCAAAUGGCCAAUACGAUUCUUCCUCACUCUCACAGUCAUCAUCUGCACUGUCUGCCCACGCUAAUCAACAUGGCUGCUUCCUUCGACAUCGCUCAGGAGAAACGGCUGCGUGCCAGUGCAGCUGUGAAUCACCUAAAGCGUUUCCAUGAAAAGAAACGGUGUGGCCCCAAACCUUACAGUCUUUAUCUUGAUCACAUCAUCUGCAGGACAUGCACAUCUACACAUAAGAUAGACCAGCACCAGCGCUCACACAAAGACAUCUAUAUAAUGAAGGACACUGAAGAGGCGCUGAUGAUGAACUUGAGGGACAGUCAAAUCCUCAACCACAAACAAAAUCUGGUGUGGAACUGGGUUCUUAUUAUCACUAUACUGAAGUGGCCAAACGUGAACCUCAGAUACAACAGGGAUGAGCAGAUGCACAAGUUUGUUCGGAGAUUGCUGUAUUUCUAUAAGCCCAGCAGUAAGCUGUACUCUGCUCUAGAGUUGGAUCACGCUAAAGCCAGACAGCUGACAGUAGCAGGAUGCCAGUUCAUCCAGUUCCUUCUGGAUUCAGAUGAGGAUGGUCAGGUGUAUUUGGAGGAUUUGGUGAAAGACAUUGUCCAGUGGCUCAGUAUGUCAUGUGGUCUUAAACCUGAACGCAGUCUCCAUAGUAACGGCCUCCUCAGCACCCUCAGUCAGCACUACUUCCUGUUUCUGGGAACUCUGUCUUCGCAGCCAUCUGGAGUUAAAAUGCUGGAAAAGUAUGGCGUGUUUCAGUGUCUGUUGAGCAUUUGUUCAAUGAAAAACCAGGAUCAUCUGCUGAAGCUAACGGUCUCAACGCUGGACUACAGCAGAGAUGGUCUUGCUCGAGUCAUUCUCUCCAAGAUCCUCACAGCGGCUACUGAUAACUGUCGUCUGUAUGCCACCAAACACCUGCGUGUGCUGCUGCGUGCUAAUGUGGAGUUUUUCAGUAACUGGGGGAUGGAGUUGCUGGUCACACAGCUCCAUGACCACAACAAAACCAUUUCCAUGGAGGCGUUGGACAUCCUGGACGAAGCCUGCGAAGACAAGGCUAACCUGCACACUCUGAUCCACAUGAAACCAGCUCUGUCUCACCUGGGAGAUAAAGGGGUUCUGCUGCUGUUAAGAUUCCUGUCCAUACCAAAGGGGUUCUCUUACCUCAACGAAAGAGGCUACGUCAACAAACAACUAGAAAAAUGGCAGAAGGAGUAUAAUCUGAAGUAUGUGGACAUGAUUGAAGAGCAGUUGAAUGAAGCUCUGACAACAUAUCGCAAACCUGUCAACGGAGACAACUAUGUUCGGCGCAGCAACCAAAGGUUACAGAGGCCAAAUGUUUUUCUCCCUGUUCAUUUGUAUGGGCAGUUGGUCCAUGAUAAGACAGGCUGCCUCUUAUUGGAAGCUCAGGGUGUUAUCCCGGAUCUCAGCUACACUCUUCGUUCUCCAGUUCUGGAUAAAUGGGAAGGCAUUAAACAGCUAAAGGCAGCGCUAUGGGCUCUGGGCAACAUUGGAAGCUCAAACUGGGGUCUGAACCUGCUCCAGGAAGAGAAUGUGAUUCCAGAUAUAAUAUCUCUGGCUCAGCACUGUGAGGUUCUGUCCAUACGUGGUACGUGUGUGUAUGUGCUGGGUGUAAUCAGCCGUACGUGGCAGGGCAGUGACGUGCUUAAGUCUUUAGGAUGGGACUCUGUACGUCACAGCCGUAGACAGCAGUGGCCCGUUGUUGUUCCCGAUGAGGUGGACGCUCCGCUGCCCAGCGAACUCUCAUCUGUGCCCAGCACGCUCAGCCUCAACUCCGAGUCCACCAGCUCACGGCACAACAGUGAGAGCGAAAGUCAACCCAGUUUGUAUUUUAUGGACGAUGAUCGCGAGGGGUUGGACAUGUACGAGGACUCUUCCUUCUGCUCACACAUGAAGCCCUCAAAGGAUAGAAGCCCCUUCACCAUUCUGACCCCUUCACACCUCAGAAAUCGCUUCUUAAACUCUCUCCCUAGUAAGAAGGGGCGGAGCAUAAGUGACUCUAAAGGCACGAACAAUGCGGGAAAAUUGCCAGAGGAACUUUGGCUAGUGCGGCGGAACCGUACCAUAACGGAACCCUCAAACUACUCUCCUGGCAACUCGGGGCAGUGCGAAGUUUUCUUUAACGGUAAUCGCAUGCCCCGCAGCCCUACGGUAAGCCUGGAGACAUCGUUUGUGGGCAUAAAAGCACUAGCGGAGCCAUACUUGACCGACGGAAGCUCUGAUUCGGAGAUCAAAGGUCACCAUAAAGCUGUGAUCCCUGGCCAUGGCCUGCGGGAGCGUAGCAGCAGGGAGCGUUUGACAUGUGACGGCACCUCUGUGUUGCCGGGAGGCUGUACAUUUAAGAGUCGCAGUCAAAGUUUUAACACUGACACAACCACCAGCGGCAUCAGUUCAAUGAGCUCCUCCCCCUCCCGAGAACCGGCCGUCGCCAUGGAUACGGACUGCGCCAGCCUCAACACAGUGGUCAGUGCCAAAACGGUGAAAAUGCAAGACUCUCUCCGCCCACAAGCCCACCACAAUCACAUCCCCUUGUCCAAGUCCAAUUCCACCUCGCUGGUUCCUCCCGGCUCGGCGCAUACACUUCCACGCAGGGCACAGUCACUGAAAUCGCCCUCCGUGGCUACCAUCAAUAGUUUAGUGGACUGUAGCUAUAUGUACACGAGCCCUCGUGAUGCACUGGGCUACGCAACCUUAAAGCGACUACAGCAGCAAAGGAUACACCCUUCAUUGUCCCACAGCGAAGCAUUGGCGUCUCCUGCUAAAGAUGUGCUGUUUACCGACACAAUCACCAUGAAAACGCACCGUCUCGAAUCACGACUCACCCCACGCAGGUUUCUGAAAGCUUUGAGUUUUGCAGCUCUUGAUAAGGAGGAUUUGCUGAGUCCGAUAAAUCACUCCACACUACAACGAUCCUCGUCGCUGCGGUCCAUGGUCUCUAGCGCCACCUUUGGCUGCAGCGAGGACUAUAUUGGCCUAGCACUGCCCAUGGACAUCAACAACAUGUUCCAGAUUAAAGAAACGUCCUAUUUCCAGAAGAGAACAAGCCCCCCUGCUGGAGAAAAAUCAUCCAAAUUUAUUUUCGGAGAUUCAGAUGGUUUUUUAGACUCAUGUCGCGGGCCUCUGUUGAAGACGCAGGUUAGCAUAACGGAGCUGUUAAACAGCAGUCGUUCGGAACAGCACCACAUGCUGGGCGCAGAUGAAACUACAGGCUUACAGGAGCACACAGAGGAGAACUGCCUCUACUGCAGCGCACUCACUGCCCUCGGCUCGCACACACACAGCCACCUGAACAACACGCACAAUCGUACAGAUCUGUCAGAUGGCUUCUCUCAGUGGCACAGCCAGCCAUCUCAUAAUCAUCUCGAGGUGGUCGCCCAGUCGAAGUUUUCCGGGAUCUCUGGGUGCAGCGAUGCAACUGUGAGUCAAGACUCGGCCAGCAGCACUCCCAGCACGGAGCUCAUACUGGGUGGGAAGGCGAUAUCUGAGGAUGGACCUGCCUGUAGAGUUCUGUUAAGGAAAGAGGUUUUGCGACUGGUCAUCAAUCUCAGCUCAUCAGUCGGGACCAAAGGACACGAAACGGGACUGCUUACGAUAAAGGAGAAGUUUCCAUAUGCAUUUGAUGACAUCUGCCUGUACUCUGAAGUCUCCUUCCUGCUGGCAAACUGCAUGUUUCGUUUGGCUUCACGUCGCUUUAUUCAAGAGCUCUUCCAGGAUGUGCAGUUCAUUCCGCUGUAUGAUGAAGCUGAAGCUGUGUUGGCUAAGCCACCCAAACCUGUUCCAUUGGAGACAACGGAGUCUUGAUACCUACGUAAACUUCCUAAACACUUCAUCACUGUUAACCACCAUCCCUCCAUCUCACCUUCCAUUCUCCCAUACACAUGGAGAAAUUGAAAAUGGAGGACAGAGAAAGCAUGAGAACCUGGAGUGGAUUUGGCAGAUUGGAGGACAGAAAGCAAAGGAGAAAAUCACUCCGCUUUACUUUAAAAGAGGCAGUUACUGGAAUAGAAAUAGUGAGGAACUUAGCAAACAUGCCCCUGGACUUUAGACUGUGUUUGGGGAAUGGUUAGCAGUUUACCAAAUUGUGUCUACAGACAGCGAGACAAACCAGAAUGCUUUAAACUGACAACUACACCCGCGUGUUCUCCAAUUACAAAUACUAGGGUGACUUUAGUAGAACAAAAUUUAAAUGUGGUUUACACUUAAAAAGCACCGGAUGUGUAGAUGAGAUAUAAGGUUCCAUUAUCUGCCGUGUGUACAUAUACCACAUCUUGAUGUUUUCAGAAUAUGUCACGUAAACACUACAACAACUAAAACAACAAAAAUCACUGGACUGCUUUGGAAUCGGCAGAAAUGACUGAGCGGCAACUAUGAAUUUAGGACUUCCAUGCAAACAAAAUUGCAUUUAUACUAUUUAUUCUUUUCUUUAUUUGUAUGUGUGUGUGGAUUUUUAUGACCUCCAGACAAUCAAACAAUUAGUGUGGAACAUUCAAACUCUUACCGUCAUUCAUAACCAUUCAUUGGCUUAUACUUCUCACAGGAAAUUUGUCUUAUGAAACAUAUUGUGAAUCUCACAAAACCAUUUCUUUCACCCAGAAUGAAAAGGAAAUAUAUACACCGAUCAGCCAUAUCAUUAAAACCACCUGAUUUGAUGAGAGAGGUCAACAGAGAAUGGCCAGACUGAUUUGAAAGGACAACGUCUACGGUAACUCAGAUAACCCCUCUGUACAAUUGUGAUGAGAAGAAUAUCAUAACUGAAUGGUAUUCUGAGAUGCAGGUUGGCGUUGUUUUUGCAGCACAAGGGGGACCUACACAAUAUUAGGCAGGUGGUUUUAAUGUUGUGGCUGAUCGGUGUAUAGAUACUGUAUAUAAAUUGCUAAAAAAAUUGUUUACCAUGAAGACUUUUUGCAUUGUGACAUUUUUGUGCCACUUUAUCCCAAAAUGUAAUUACUGUAAUGUGUUCAGAUGUGAUUCUCAUUGUUUUUUUUUUAAUUAUUAUUAUUAUUUACAUUAGCAUGAAUUAAAGCCGGUACAAAAUAAAAUAUUUAUAUGACGUUUAAAUACUUAACAAUUGAAAUCAUCGUAAAUGGUGGUGGUGGGGCGUAUCUUAAUUUUAAUGAAGAAAAAAAAAAUGACAAUGCAAAAAAAUACAUUAUAUUUCUUUUGAUUUUUGGGGUGAAAUAUGAAAUGUUCUUCACCAGUUUUGUAGGAUUCAUCAUCCAUUUAUAAGCAGUACAACAGCAAAAGCAACAAUGCGCACAUUCACAGACCUAAUGGAGAUUUGAUGAGUAUGCAUGUGCACAGUGAAAGUUAUUUGACUGCUAAUAGUGUGGACAAUGUCUUAUCAGUUGGAUUGGAUGAACCAUGUUUAGUAAGCUGAGAUAAGGUUGCAAACAUAGUUUUAAAGCAUACUCUAAGUCUCGCAUAAAAGUACUCGUUCUGUGCUGUGGCUUGAUCAUGAUACUUAAGUAUGAUGGUCCAGAUCAGAGAUACAGUGGUGGUUAGUUUCAAUUCUGACUUACAGGAAAAGAAACCGCAUAAGCAUUAUCUUGCAUAGCAUCAUUUUGUUUGAUGUUAGUUUAAUAAAAGUGAUCAAAGUACCCUUAAAGGAAUAUUCAGGGAUAAAUACAAGUUUAGCUGUGUAGACGACAUGUGUGGAAUGCUGUUAAUUAACAAAGAAAGUCAUUUUGACCUGUACUUUAAUUUGUAAAAGCAAACAAAAAUUGUGUUGAGCUUUGGUACUUACUAUGGAAGUCUGUGGGGCAAGUAAACAUUUAAAGGUUUACCCAUUGAAUUCAAUUGUAAAUGCAUUGCUGUACACGGGUGAAUCUCUCAAAAACCAUCAAGAACAUAUCUGGGUCAUAUUUCAGCCUAAAAUCAAAUGAGUAUUUUCCAUUUAAAGAAAUUUAAGUAAUUUUAUUUUUUUAUUUGGACCAUUAAGAUUUUGUGCAUUAUGACAUUAAUACGAAAAACAAAAUUUAAUUCUUAUUGCUGUAAUGCAGAAAAAAAAUCAUUAUUUUAUAAGUAUAUAUACCUAAUGGUAGUGUUUGUUGCAUUUCCGUUAUGCUUAUUUAAAUUAAAUAAAAUAAUGCCGUACAAAAUAUUACUAUAUUACAAUAAUGAGAAUAAAUGGAAAUGAAAAAUACUCAAAAGCAGCCAAACUACAUAAUUGUCAAAUAAAAUGAUAAUUGUCACAAAAAUGUCACGAUGCAUAAAAUUGUAAUCGUCCUAAAAUAAGCUUCCAUUUCUUUUCGCAAAAUAUAAUUCCUUAUAUUUAUUUAAUUCAAGUUUGCCUGAAGGUUUGUUUUUACAAUUUAAGUACGAGCCAGAAGCAAUUUGUUUGAACUGACCGCAUGUUUAAAUCGUUUUGAACCUGAAAAAUUCCUUGAAGCUGCCAAAGCACUGAUUUAGGUAGUUUAACCCAAUAUUUGCUCCACCUGUUAUCUUUAUUGGUGCUUACUUUUACAUACAUUUAAUCCCAGUGUAGUUUGGAGUGUUACUUUGAAUGUGUUCCUGGUUUAUCACUUCAAACUCUGAACAACUGAAACCUGCACUGAAUUGUUUUACACAUGUUGAAACACUGGCAGAGAGGUAUAACAUAUCUAAACGGGCAUCUUAAUAUUGAUGUAUUAUCAAUUUUGUAAUAAGCCAUGAUUUUUGCCUCCGUCUUGUUUAUUGCUGUUCUCGUAGUGUUCCAUAUGUUCACACAAAGCACUGAUCCGGUUAAUGUUUCCUAUGCGCAUAUUCUCCUAAAAUGAUGUUUAUUAGAUUGCAUGCUGAAUUGACACUCAAAUCCAGUUGCUUAUUUAUUUACUGCAAGACAUUUUGUUAAUAUGUGUUUACCAACAGAACUGUUUAUGUCUCCGUGCUGCUGCUACUGCUUUGAACUGACUGCGAUUUGAUUGGCUGAAGAGAGUGCCAUAGCUUUUGAGUAUUGUCUAUGCCACGGAUCUGUGCCAUAGUGGCGUGAGACGGGAAAAGAAAAACAUAUAUAUUUAUAUUUUUCCUAAAGGAUGAUGAGACGAUGUAAUUUAGUGUUCUUUUUUUUUUUUUUUGCCUGAGUUUUUGUUUCCCUUGCAAAGUGUGCACACUGUGUUUUGAAAAUCUUAGUCUUAUCAAAGGGAUAUAUAAUUAAAGAUAAGAACUCGUGGCGUGCAGUUUCAUCAUUUUCUGUGUGAUAUAAAAGACCAUAUGAUAUUUUGUGUCACAAAUUAACCAAUCUCUUCGAGCAUUUUACAUUUACAUUUAUGCAUUUGGCAGACGCUUUUAUCCAAAGCGACUUACAGUGCACUUAUUACAGG